AUGACUGAAGAACAGCAAGCAUACAGAGUUAUGAAAAAGCUUCGAGAACAGCCAGAUGACCUUGCAAGAUACGUCCAACUCGAUGAGCUACAAGACCGCACUGAGAAGCUUUUCUAUCGAGUGCUCUGUGACAAUAUCAAAGAGUUGAUGCCUAUCGUCUAUACUCCCACUGUAGGCUUGGCUUGCCAAAAAUUCGGAGCUAUCUAUCGUCAUCCAAAAGGUCUCUACAUUACCAUUAACGACAACAGCAUUAGCAAAAUUCAUCAGAUCCUUUGUAAUUGGCCAAUUUCUUCUGUUCAGGCCAUAGUCGUGACUGAUGGGGAAAGAAUUCUUGGUCUUGGAGAUCUUGGAGCGUACGGAAUGGGAAUCCCAGUUGGAAAGCUUGCACUAUAUGUGGCUUUGGGUGGUAUUCAGCCUCACUGGUGCCUACCAGUCGUUAUAGAUCCUCAUUGGUGUCUUCCAGUCGUUAUAGAUGUUGGCACUAACAAUCAGGCGAGCCCUAGCCCUAUCACAGCAAGACAUGCAAAACUUCUCGACGACCCAUUUUACAUAGGACUUAGGCGGCGACGAGUUCGUGGUCCAGAGUACGAGCUACUUUUGGAUAACUUUAUGAAAGCGGCCACGAAAAGAUUUGGUCGCGACACCCUAAUCCAAUUUGAGGAUUUUGCAUUCGAAAAUGCUUACACCCUUCUGGAUCGCUACAAAAACGAAUACUGCGUGUUUAACGAUGACAUACAAGGUACCGCAGCCGUAGUUGUGGCCGGACUGCUAGCAGCUGCUCGAGUUACCAACAAAAAGCUGUCAGAAAAGAAAAUAGUGUUUUUUGGGGCUGGAGCUGCCGGGUUGGGGGUGGCGGAGCUCUGCGUUGACCAAAUGGUUGAUGAAGGAAUCUCUCAGCAAGAGGCAUGGGACAAGAUCUACAUGAUGGACGUUGGCGGUCUCAUCACUAAAAGUCGCAUGCGUUCUCUUACAGAUCGACAUAAGAAGUUUGCGAAGGACAUGCCCGAAACAAAAAGUCUGUUGGAAGUCAUUCAGCAGGACAUGCCCGAAACAAAAAGUCUGUUGGAAGUCAUUCAGCAGGUGAAACCAGAAGCACUUAUAGGAGUAUCUACAGUUGGCGGAGCGUUUACUGAAGAAAUAAUUCGAGAGAUGGCUAGCAUCAAUGAGCGUCCAAUAAUUUUUGCUCUUUCUAAUCCCACUACCAAAGCCGAAUGCACCGCAGAGAAUGCCUAUCGCCACACAGAUGGUACUGUUCUAUUUGCAUCGGGAUCUCCGUUUGAUAAUGUGAUAAUGCAUGGAAAGACGUACAAACCUGGACAAGGAAACAACUCAUACAUCUUUCCCGGUGUUGCACUGGCAGCUAUUGUUUUUAAAGCAAAACAUAUUCCCAACAAGGCAUUCUUGAUCGCUGCUAGGCGUUGCGCAAGCUCCGUUACAACGAAGUCGUUGGAGAAAUACGCGAGAUUGUAUCCACGACUGAAGGACAUACGAGAGCUAUCCGUACACAUAGCUAUAGAUAUAUUAGAAGUUGAGCAAACUGGCAGAAUCUUGAAUAAGGGUGAUGUUAAUAUUGAAACCAGGGAAAGAUUACUAGUGAUUCGUUUGCUUGAACUUAGAGCAUUUAGUUGUGUAACUGAACAAAACAGGAAAUCAACCUCGUUCUUACAAGUCCGCGGUGCCAUGCUACUCACCCAGAGCAGGGCUCCAAAUCAUGCGCAAAGCUGA